AUGGAAAGCCACAUACCAAGAGUCAAAGACGCUUGCGCGGCGUGCAGAUUUCAACGCAGAAGGUGUGGCACUCACUGCAUUCUCUCAAGUUAUUUUCCUAACGAUCGUCAGGACCAAUUUAUCAACGCACACAGAUUAUUUGGUGUUGGUAGAAUCACCAAUAUGUUGAAGACUCUUGAUCCUCAAAAUAGAGAUGCAGCUGCGAGCGCCAUUAUUUACGAAUCUGACAUGCGCGCCAUAGAUCCUGUUGGCGGUUGUCACAGAGUAAUUCAACAGUUGCAGUCACAGAUUGAGUCCACCGAAGCCGAACUUCACCUUGUUCGUCAAAAUCUUGCUUUUUUCAAGGCUCAGGGUAGCUCUGGUAACAUCAUCAAUGCCGCCCCUCAACCUAAUCUUGAAUCAAUGCCACAAGAACUACAACAACAACAACACGUCAGUUAUAAUCCUUCACAAGAAGACAUCAACAUGUGGGCUUUACUGAACUCCAUUCCUUUGUCCCAUUUGUCUUUAGAGGAUAACCAAGAAUCUGUUGUCGACUCUUGGCACGAUGAUCAAGAGCCUGCUCUUGACUCCAUGAACGAAAUGAAUUCGGAUGCUGGAUCUCAUCAUCAGGCUAACCAAAAGGAAAACUAA